AUGCAGGUAGCGGAGUGUGUGAUCUCGAGCUUGCUGAUUUUGUUGGUUUUGUUGUUCAAUGUGAUAUUGGUCUCUGCGGGCAGAGAUUUUUACAAAAUUCUGAAUGUACCGCGUAGUGCUAACACAAAUCAGAUCAAGAAAGCAUAUCGGAAGUUAGCGAAAGAAUUGCAUCCGGAUCGUGUCGCAGACGAUCCGUUGGCAAAUGAGAAAUUCCAAGAUUUAGGAGCCGCGUAUGAGGUGUUGAGUGAUCCGGCAAAACGUAAAGUCUAUGAUCGGCACGGUGAAGAGGGCGUGAAGAAGAUGGACAGUGGUGGUGGGCCAUCUCAUGAUCCGUUCACAUCGUUUUUCGGUGAUUUCUUUGGUGGGGGAUCACAUGGUCAAGACGAUGAUGCGACACCGCGUGGGGCAGAUGUCGUUGUUGAUUUAUGGGUCACUCUUGAAGAGGUCUACAACGGAAAUUUUGUUGAGGUUACACGGAUAAAGUCGAUCUAUAAGCCAGUGUCAGGAACGCGAAAAUGCAAUUGUCGUCAUGAGAUGCGAACAGAGCAGAUGGGUGCGGGUCGAUUCCAAAUGUAUCAAGUGAAACAAGUAUUCGCAGGUGAGGGAGAGCCGCACAUCGAGGGUGAUCCAGGCGAUUUGAAGUUUAAACUUCAAAUCCAAAAGCAUCCGAUAUUCGAACGACGCGGUAUGGAUUUGUAUACGAAUGUGACGAUAUCACUUCAAGAUGCGUUGAAUGGUUUUGAAUUACAAAUCAAGCAUUUGGACGGACACAUUGUUAAGGUAAGUAGAGAAAAGGUGACCUGGCCAGGUGCACGAAUAAGAAAGAAAGAUGAAGGUAUGCCAUCAUAUACAGACAACACACGACAUGGUAUUUUAUAUGUCACUUUUGACGUUGACUUUCCAAGGACAGAGUUUACCGCUGAAGAAAAAGCCUCCUUUAUUGCAUUGCUCAAACAAAGUAGUACCAAACCAAAGGUUAGGAUUCUCUAUUCAUUA